GUUCCUGUUGCUAAGGUCAGUGGCGUCCAUGUCAACCAGGGCGUUCUCCCGGGGACCGGUUUCUCUUCAGGGAAAAGCUCCAGACAUGUCUGAGGGCCCCAGUGUAACACGCAGGACUACAGUUUGCAUUGAAUAGUGGGCAACAUCAGUCCGUCCUGUGAACAAAGUUCACUCGUCUCCUCAGGCUUAAUCAAGGGCAGAGGGGGCAGGUUUUGUGAAGCCGCCGGCACUAAAGACGGAAUUCAAACCGCGUCUGGUGUUGACUGGGAUUCCCCCAGGGGAAGGUGGCGAGGGUUUACAGGGUGAAACUGCGUAACAGACUGAGGCAGAUUGUGGGAGCGUCCACCAACUGGAGAGACCACCAGCAGGCGUUAGCUGACCGUUUGUCAUUGUCCAGUCAGCUGGCUGCUUCUCAGGAAGAGCUUCCUGUCCGCAGGAUGAAGGACAGCUACAUAGAGGCUCAUCUUCCCCUGGGCACAGACCCUAAACUUAGAGAGAAAUACCUCAACUACCACAAGGGUGUCAGGUUUGGCCGUAUCCUGGAGGACCUGGACAGCUUAGCAGUGUUGAUUUGUUACUCUCACACCCACGACAAGGCUCUUCCGAGGUCACCUCUGUCCAUUGUCACCGCCCUGGUGGACAAGAUAGAUAUGAGGAAGCAAAUCAUCCACCCCGACUGUGACAUCAAGUUCACUGGUCAUGUGACCUGGGUGGGAAAAUCCUCCAUUGAAGCCAAGAUGCACAUGUUUCAGUACCACGAAGGGGCCUACACCCAAGUUCUGGACGCUACAUUUGUUAUGGUGGCCAGAGACCCUGAGAACAAAAGGGCUGCGUUUGUUAACCCUCUGAAGCCAGAGGGCCCCGAGGAGGAGAAGUUGUUUCAACAAGGCGAAGUCAAUAAGACCCGUCGUGUGGAGCUGAGUACGGCGUCUUUACUGAAGGUGGCACCUACAGAUGAGGAGAGGAAGAUCAUCCAUAGUCUUUUCCUCAACACCCUGGACACCAAAACAGUGAGCUUCCGUAGCAGAGUUCUGCCUCCUAACUCUGUGUGGAUGGAGGACGCCAAAGUCAAAGGACUGGAGAUCUGCCACCCGCAGGAGAGGAAUAUCUUCAAUAGGAUCUUCGGAGGGUUUUUGAUGAGGAAGGCGUACGAGCUGGGCUGGGCCAAUGCGUGUUCGUACGGGGGGUGUCGACCUAGCCUGGUUGCUGUGGACGAUAUCCUCUUCCAGAAGCCUGUAGAGAUUGGUUCUCUACUUUUGCUCUCCUCUCAGGUGUGUUACACUGACGGGAAAUACAUCCAGGUCAGAGUUCAUACAGAGGUCCUGGACCCUCUGACCCGGCAGCACAACACCACUAAUGUCUUCCACUUCACUUUCGUCACAGACAAAGAUGUUCCCAACAUUAUGCCACAGAGCUAUGGAGAGUCCAUGUUGUAUCUGGAUGGGAAGAGGCACUUCAACCAGACACUGAAGUCUCAGUGAGACGUGAUGGAUGUCGAAAAACAUAACUGCCUGCCACAGCCUUAGUGUCCAGCUACCACUCCCAACCGCACUACGCUCUCUGUGUGUGUAUGUGUUGUGUCCGUUUGAGUGAACGACAUGUCUAUUCAUUUGUUUCUCAUUAAGCACAUCCGACAGUUAUUGCAUGAUGUUUGUUUGUUACAUGUUUGUUCUGAUGGAUGUGUCAUUUUUUGAGGCCUCAUUUAUAAAAAAAAUUAUAAUAUUCAGUUGUAUUCUCCGGUUUUAUAUCGCAAAAGGUUGUCAUUUAUCAAUUUUGAAUUUGAUGGGAAAGUGUAUGUCGACGCAAAUCUCAGACCAUGGGUGUCACAAAAUAUUGAAGAGCUGAAUUUGAAGCAAAUUGUUAUUCGUGGGAUAACGGGCAUGCGGUUUUAGGGGAGUCUGUCCGACUGUAUCGGUCUGGGUGUAACCAGGCGUAAUGAAUUAUGGUCAUUGUUGUUAAUUACAAGAAUUCCUGUAAUUUAUGGUGAACUAGGUAACAUUUCGGAGUAAUGGAACUACAUCUACCUAAAGCCCAUUGUCUCAUACUUUGUUUGAGCCUCGACCUAAUGGUCUCGUUCGAGAGGAUCGACACCACAAUGGGUCUACGAAUUACGAAUAACAACAGGUUAUUUAUUGUGGUUAUAUUUAGAUAAAUCAAGUCAUUGUUCAAAUUAUAACUUAAUUAAUGCCAAAUGUCCUUAAAACUCCAGUAUGCACAUGUUUACCCUAGCUACUCAUGAGUCUUUUAAUUUUACAUAUAUUAUAUUUUAUAUAGCCCUUGGUGUGUAUACUCUAUCUGUAAGUCAGUGAAUGGAGAUGUUUGACAUAGUGCAGGAGUGAAGGUGUCUUCUGGGUUUGAUCAAAAUGAUGUAAUAAAUGAACACGUUAAUCAUC